AUGCCGGAAGCGGAAGAAGAAGUGCAAGAGGUCAUAGAGGAGCUGCAGGAAGUAGCGGAAGAACAUCCAGCAGAACCAGCAACAGAACCAGCAACAGAACUAGCAACAGAACUAGCAGCAGAACUAGCAGCAGAACUAGCAGCAGAACAGCCAGAGGAACAGCCAGAAGAACAGCCACGAGAGGAUGAAGCGGAGGAACCACGGGAGGAAGUCGGGGAAGAGGAGUCCUCUGAAUCGUCUGGCGAUAACUUUUUCCGAGGGAUACACAUUCGAGAAUAUAUAGAUAUUCUAGGUAUUAAAAACAGUGCCGGAAAUAUGGUGAAAAAUGUGUUCAACAUAUUUGGUGGAGAGAAUGGGAUUGUGAGCAUGUUCAAGGAUUUCGCAGAGAAUUUUGCCAAGAACGACGAAAAUGUAGACGAAAAAAUGGAAUGA